AUGGAGACUCCUGUGCCUGAGUAUUAUGAAAUUUUUGGUGAGUUCCGUGGAAUUCUAUUGGAUAAACGGUUCACCAAAUAUUGGGAUGAUGUUGAAACAUUCUUGGCAAGGCCAGAUGACCUUGUCAUUGCUACAUAUCCUAAAUCUGGAACUACAUGGGUCAGUGAAAUUGUAUAUAUGAUCUAUAAAGAAGGUGAUGUGGAAAAAUGCAAAGAGGAUGCAAUUUUUAACAGGGUUCCUUUCCUGGAAUGCAGAAAUGAAGAUCUAAUAAAUGGUGUGAAACAAUUGAAAGGGAAGGAAUCUCCUAGGAUAGUGAAAACUCACCUGCCACCCGAUCUUCUUCCAGCAUCAUUUUGGGAAAAGAAUUGCAAGAUGAUCUAUCUUUGCCGGAAUGCCAAGGAUGUGGUGGUCUCUUAUUAUUACUUUUUCCUUAUGAUAACUAGUUAUCCAAAUCCUGAAUCCUUUUCAGAAUUUGUGGAGAAAUUUAUGCAAGGCCAAGUUCCAUAUGGUUCCUGGUAUGAUCAUGUAAAAUCUUGGUGGGAAAAGAGUAAGAGUGCACAUGUGCUAUUUAUGUUCUAUGAGGACAUGAAAAAGGAUAUCAGAAGAGAAGUGAUAAAAUUGAUUGAGUUCCUGGGGAAAAAGCCCUCAGAGGAGCUUGUGGACAAAAUCAUCCAGCACACUUCAUUCCAGGAAAUGAAGAACAAUCCAUCCACCAAUUACACAAUGAUGCCAGAUGAAAUAAUGAACCAAAAAGUAUCGCCUUUCAUGAGAAAGGGAAUUGUUGGGGACUGGAAGAACCACUUCACAGCAGCGCUGAGAGAGAGGUUUGAGGAGCACUACAAACAGCAGAUGAAGGACUGCACUGUGAAGUUUAGAACAGAGCUCUGA